GUGGGUGUGUGUGAGUGUGGGUGUGUCUGAAUGUGAGUGUGUGUCGGUGUCAGUCUGAGUAAAGAGAGACGCCACACCCACACCUACACCGACACCCACACCACACCCACAUCCACACCCACAUCCACAUCCACACCCACACCCAUACCCACACCCAUACCCACACCCAUACCCACACCCAUACCCACAUCCACACCCACAUCCACACCCACACCCACACUCACACCCUUAUUCUGUUCAUAUAGAUGCAUUGAAUGCGAUAUUUUUAGAGCAUCAUACUAGUUGUUUAUAUCCGCUUGAGUUUUUAUUUUUGCCUGUUCAUCGUUUAUCAAUUCAAUUAAUUGUUCCAAUAUUCAUUUCUGAAAUUGCAAAAUGCACGCGCGUCAAUGUAAAAAAAAAUAUAAGAAUAGAAAAAUAGAUUUUUGUCAAUGUGAUCCAGGUUGGUCAGGCUCACGAUGUUCUAUCAAACAUGAAACAUAUAAUUGUUCAUCCGAUUCAUUUUACAUUGGGUCAAAUAUAUGUAUACGUAUGUCCACUUGGAAAAUAUGGUGGACAAUGUUCAUUAACGCAAUCUAUUUGUUCUAAAGAUAUUUGUAAAAAUUUUGGACAAUGUAUACUAUUCGAUGAACGUAGCAGGAAUAAUCAAUGGUACUGUAUUUGUAAAGAAAGUUAUUCUAAUAAACAAUGUGAUACAACUGAUAGAAAGAUUAUAGUCUCUUUUUAUGAUACCGAAAUUCUAUUAUCAUUCUUAAUACAUUUUAUUUAUGCACCAGGCGAUAAACCUCAUGAACGUACAACAACAUUUAUCAAAGUUUUAUUUCAUCAAAAUAUGGUUACUACGUAUUCAUGA